UUGAUAGUUAGUUGUUUGUUUUUGUGCAGUCAUUUUUUCAGAUGGACCACGCCAAAAAAUGUUCUUCGCCUUUUCCAUUGAUUUAUGCUUCUCCCUUUUCUUUUCUUUUGCCCUAACAUCCGUUGAAACCACAUGGCGUAACGUGCAAAAUAUUCUCAACAAAGUAGUCGCUAAAGAAAGAAUAAAAAAGUAGCUAGUUCCUUUCAGCAAUAAAAUUAUUUGCCAAUCGAAGUGAAGUUACUUGACGUUUAUUGUUUGAAAGCUUCAUUGAGUGACUUUAUAGACUUUAAAAAAAGUUAAUUUCUCGUUCUUACUAAUUUACUGUUAUUUCUUUAGAAACAAAAAUGGAUCGUCUCAGUUGGUACCAGAGUGGGGAAGCUAUGGAAGAAAUUCUUUGUCAAGCCGGGUCUGUUGGAAUUUAUGAUGGGGAUGUUAAACAGUCGUCGUUUGAGCAGGGGACAGUCUCACUGACCUAUCAACGUGUAAUUUGGGCUGAUUCAAAUGACCCCGAUUGUCGUUUAAUGCUCCACCAUUCACUUGUUCAAAGGAUAGAAAAGCAACACAAAUCAAUGUUUGGAAGGGGGGCUAAAAUUGUCGUUUCUGUCCGUCCAGUGCCGACUGAUCACCCACAAGGACCGAUUUCGGCGGGAAAUACAAAUUCAUUGCGAUUUAUUUUUCGAAAUGGAGGAGAGGAGGAUUUCUUUAAACGUUAUAUGGAUGCUUUGGGCAAACAAAUGUGGCAACGUGCUUCAUCUAGUUCCAGUUCAGCCAGUUCUUUACGCACAAGCGGCACUCAACACCUCAGUGUUUCUUCCUCUGGAACUACCCAUUCAAAUUUAAUAACCUCUCACCAAGCAAAUACUAUAGGCAUUCGAAAUGUGGGCAUUUUGGGGAUUGAAAAACGAUUGGCAGAACAACACCAAAGAACGCAUGAGCAUAUUAGUGAGGCUUUCGAAGACAUGAGUAAACUUAUGGAUCAAGCUAGGGAGAUGGUCAAUCUUUCUCGUAAUAUUGCUGAACGUAUAAGGCAGAAAAAGGGAGAAAUUACCGAUGACGAGACUGUCCGUCUUAAAAGCUAUUUGCUUUCCCUUGGUGUUGCCGACCCCGUUACAAAAUCAGUUUUUGGUGCUGGGGCGGUUUUCUUUGAAAGGCUGGCACAAGAAUUGACAAAUGUUUUGUACGAACCUUUACAAGAAUGUGGAGGUACAAUGACUUUGGCAGAUGCUUAUUGCCGUUGGAAUAGAGCAAGAGGAUUGGAACUUGUCUCACCCGAAGAUUUAUUGAAUGCUUGCAAUAAAUUGGAAAAGAUUAAUUCUCCUAUAUGGUAUUUUCUUUUUGUUUUUUAA